GUAAUAUAUAAGGAUAUUGAUAUCUGAUUAAAGUACAUUUUGUACUUAAAAUACUGGUACUCCAGUAAAUUAGUACAAAUAUUGGUACUUCAGUACAAUCUUUCAAUACAAGUAAAUUUACCGACACUAUUAGACUGUACUUAAGUAAUCGAGAAUACUCAUUAAAAGUAUCGAAAGUACCAAGUAUUUUACUGAGUAUCCAAUCACUGGAUACAGCAUUAAAUGCUAAUUUUCGAUCAUCUUAUGAUUCUUGUAGCUUGUUGACUUUUCAGCCAAAGACCUAUCAAAAAAAAUAAAACUUCAUUCUUAUUGUUAUUACAACAGAAUGUCACAUUUCGUUUUAAUGCUGUUGCUAAUUCACAACUGCCGACAUGACUGAUAUCAUUAUUACGUAAAUCAAGUUCAAUUAAACUUUUAUUAAUACUACGAGCAUAACAAAAACUACUAAAAGCUGGAGAAUCCAUAGCACCUAUUUGAUUCCAUUCAAGUCGUAAACUAAAUAAUAUGUGCAAAUCAUAAAUUAGAAGAACGUAGUAACGAUUAUUUUAUCAAUGCUAGCUUCUACAAAUCCGCAAAUUAUUUAAGAGUGUUAAGAAAUGAGUAAUAGGCUUUAGUCUUUAUAAAGCUCAGAAAUACAACCGUGUAUUACCGUUAUCAUAAGCGAAGAUUGCACAAGGUCCGUCAUAGAUGAACUGCUGAUGACAUUCUUGAUAGUAGUUUGAAAAUGGUUGGGAUUUAUUUUAUAAUAUUGAAAGAAUUAAUCUGAAAAAUCUUAAUUCUUUUUUUAUUCAAUCAUAAAUAUGUAUUUUACAUUCUUAUUAUAAAGAAGUAACAAACCGAAAUUCAUCAUUUUCUAUUCUACCAUUCUGCCCAAAAAACUUAUUAAUCGCUCAAAUGAACAUAAAAUCAGCAGAAAAUAAUUAUCAUAAAUGACAUCUUUUUUUUCAGGACCAGCUUCGAUGUCAAGCAUUUCUAUUCAUUAUAAUUCAACUCGCUUUUAUAAUGUUUUAUUUCUUCGUAGUACUUUUGCUAAUGCGUCAGUGCCAGCUCCAUGAAUACUAUUUCCCUAAAUGAAUAAAACAAGUGUUUAAACAAAACAAAUAACCUUCGAUCAUGUACCUGACAUUCUAAUCUUCUACAUGUUGUAUUCGUCACAAGUCCAUGAAGAAAAGAAAAAAAGAAAAACAUCGAAUAAAUAUACAAGGCUAUAAUCCUAUUUUUGGUCGAAUUCAGCAGUGUCACAUAUCCUGCAAUUUGGAGAAGUGCUCACAUCUCUGCCGGGAGAUGCUGCAUUUUCAGUAGGAGAUGCAGCAUCCAAUGUGGGGGAUGCACAUCUCUCAAUGAGAUAAUACAUCUCCAACAGCAAAUCACCGCAUCUCCCAAGUGUGGGUGCCGUAUCUCCCACAGGAGAUGUCGCAUCUCCUGUGGGAGAAGUGAGCACUUCUCCAAAAUCUUGGAUAUGUGACACCACUCUCAAGGUUAUGUUUUUAAAUAUUAAUUAUUUCCUUAUAAAAUAAAGUCUGCAGUUUUUGAAAAAAUUUCAACAAAUGUUCUAUCAUUUGCUGUAAUAUCAAUUGAAGAUGAUGAUGAUAAUAAUAAUGAUAUAACAACAAAUAAUUCUAAAAUAGAAAUAAAAAAACCUAUUAAACCUGUUCGUUUUGUUUCAAUUAUUGAUGAAAAUUCUUUAACACCAACUCUGCCACGUCCAUCAUCCCUACAACCAACAUUAAUUUCUUCAUCAUCAAUUAUGCAAAUAGAUAAUAAAACAAAUCAAGAUACAUUAUGGGAUUUUAUGAAAGAAUCAAAUUCAGAAUUAUUUGAAAAACUUGAAAAAAUAUAU